AUUAGUAGUUUUUAUAUUUAUAAGUUGGUACUAAUUACUAGCGCGGUAAUUGACAAUUGUCUGUUUUGAUAAACGUGAUAAACGUAACCUAUAUUAUUGUUUAUAAAUCAUGAAUUUAUACUGUUUAAGCGAUAAAAAUAUAUAAUUACAGGAUAUUUAACGAAGUAUAUAGUUCGUAAAGUAUAUCUAAUAAGGAAAAGUAUUGUAAUAUAAGUAAUUAACAUGACUAGUGAAUACAGGCGUUUUUCUGUGAAUACAAGUUUAAGGGAUGCUAAUAUAUUUGAAGAUUCUUCAAGUGCUGAUGAUACAUUACAUAUAAAAGAAGAGCCCCUUGAUGAUUACCCCGAAACAAAUACAGAAUUAUAUAAUGAAAAUUGCCGACUUUCUAAAGAUAAGUCAUUUACUUCUUUGGUAAAAGAAGAAUUUAGUUUAUUAAGCACCGACAGUCCCAUUAAACAAGAAAGGAUAGAUUUCGAAAAGAAAUUAACGUUUGACUCUGAAGAUAAUACAAAUGAACCAGAAUGUCCACCUCCUCCAUCUAUCAGUAGCAAUGAUAUAAAAAAGGAAAUGGUGUGUCCAACAGCACCGAUUAUUUCUGUAAAGAGAAAUUUAUUAAAACGGAAAAAUGAGUCUUCAAAAAGAACAGCAUCUGAGUGUGAUUCAGAAAUUGGUGUUUCACCUGUUAAAAGGGCUCAUGUUGAGAAACAUACGACUAUAUCAAAACGUCAAAUAGAGAGUGAUCCUGAAGUUUUAAGGCGACGACAAAAACAAAUAGAUUAUGGAAAAAACACUAUUGGUUAUGAACGAUAUAUAACAGAAAUACCAAAGCAUUCACGUGGACAAAACGAUCCCCAAACUCCAGAUAAACAUAGAAAAUAUUCAAGACGAGGUUGGGAUGGAUUAAUUAAACAGUGGCGUUUGCGAUUGCACAGAUUUGAUCCUUCUGAUGAUGAAGAUGACGACGAAGACGACGAAAUAAAAAAGGAAAAAAUUGACAUUAAAGAAGAGAAUGAUUAGUAAUUUUUGUAAUUAAAAGAAUUUUUGAUUAAACUAUUUUCGUAAUUUACUUAAAUAUAUUUUUAAGGAUAUGUUUCUCUUAGAUAGUAGAUUUGAUUUUUUUUGUAGUAAUACAUUAUGUUUUCACAUUA